GUUUGUUUGUGUGUGUGUGUGUGUGUGUGUACGUAUGUAAUCUUUUCCGCUGAUAUCAGCAAGGUGAUGGCAUAAAAAGGUGUGGAGAGAGCCUGAGAAGACACAAAGCUGCUCCACUCAUCUGCUGCACUCUUCCACUCCGCUCGGUCUCCAUCAGCCUUAAUUUCACUCACAAUGGAAUCUGCCAUCAACACCCUGGUCAGCCAGUUCAAGACCUUCGCUGGAAAGGAUGGGUCAGCAAGCACCCUUAGCAAAGACGAGUUCAAGAGCUUGGUGGUGUCUCAGCUCCCCACCAUGGUGAAGAACGCCGGUGAUGCUGGCGUGAUCGACAAGCUCAUGAGCUCUCUGGACCAGAACAAUGACGGAGAGCUGACCUUCCAGGAGUUCUGGACCCUGAUUGGCUCGGUGGCAAGCAAGCACGGCGGCUUCUGCAAAUAGGGGAGCAGCGCGAACGCCGGGCUCGUGAAAAACGGCGUACGUUGGAUUUCAAAAAAUGCCUCUGUGUGCGUGUGUGUUGUAUGGCUCCUGUUCAACCUCAGGGCCGGUUACCGUGCUGUGCACACAAUGUCAUAGCUAAUCAUUCUCAGGAGCAGGUGACUUGCAAAUAAAAUAAUCCAUUGCUGUGA